CAUUACACUUUGGUAUGUCUCGGAAUCACCAGAUAAAGCGCGAUAAAGAAAAGGAAAGCCGCUCGAGUGCCGUCAUGUUUCCGAACGCCCCGAAUGGAGUCGAAGGGCUCAAAGGAGGAUCCCACUCUCCACAUCGUCAGCGACACCAAAUCACUCGCUCCAUCACCGAAUUGCCGUCUUCGCUCCAUCUGCAUCGUCAUCGAUCAAACCGCGACCGCCUCGGGAAGGAGAAAGAGAAAGACAAAGAAAAGCACAAGGACAAGGACAAAUCCAGGGGCCGAGAAAGGGAGCGCGAAAAGGGGAAGGAGCGCGAUGGAUUAAACAUCGACGUACAGAGUGCGAACCCGACAUUGCAGUCCACCGGUCGAGGCCGCUUCUCUUUCGAAGGCUUCGGCAUGUCGACGCCGAACAACCUGACUCCCAAUGCGAGCAGAAGAGCCAGCAUUCUCAAUGCGAGCCCAUCCGCCGAUGACAGCGUCCCUUCGGUAGCCACCGCGGCACUUGCGAGUAAUCUAUCAGGAGGUAGGGUUCUGCUAAAUGAAGAUGAAAUCGCAAAGGAGCGCCAAAGGGCUAUCGCGCGGGAAAGGGGCCUGAAAAAGUCUCUCGAGGAUCUCGAACAAUUCUCAAACAAUACGACCCGCCAGCUCGACGACACAUACUACUCCGUUCUCGAGAAGCUCUGCGUCCUCCAGAACACCAUCCUCGCGCUCAAGGAGGUAGCCGUCGCCUCCCAAGACAUGACCUCACAUUUCACCACGGAAGCCAACGAGCUCGUCACCGACGUCAGCUUGCAGCUUGACGCCUUUGGUCAGUUCGAGGAUCACCAGAAGCGCAUCGAGCAACUGCAGGACCGCGUAUACGCUGGCCGUGACCGUAUCAAGUCCCUAAGCGAUCGGGUGGACCUGGUACGCGAGCGUAUCGAGAGCUGGGAGCGCGCUGACCGCGAGUGGCAGGAGCGCACACGCAGACGACUCAAGGCAUUCUGGGUGCUGACGUCAGGCGUCAUCUUCCUCGUGCUGUUGAUCUUUGUUGGGUCGCAGUUUGCGCCGGAGAGUUCUGCGGCUACAGUGGCUACGGUGGAAGGGGCGGUGAUGGCGGCUAACAAGCUCGCGAAUGACUCUCUAAACACGCUUAAGAUUGCGACUCUGGGCGGUGCUGGAGAGCUGCUUGGGCAGGGGCUAGGGCUGAAGGAUACUGGUGGGCAACAACAACAACAACUAGGGAAAAGAGACGGCGAAAAAGAAAUGAAUAUGCCUGGAGGUUCAGAAACGGCGGUAACAGAAGCGCUUAAUGGGGAAUCCUCAUCAGUGUGGAUGUCUCCGGACUCGGCUGAUAAGCUCAGAGCCUUUGACGAGCUGUAAACCGGCUUCUCCUACCUAGUUGGAAUCAGGGACCAAUGGACAAGAGCAUUUCACUUCGUGUUGAGCAACGUCAGGAUACCCAGUCAAUCUGGUUCAUUCUUUGAACAGGCGCAACAGAUGUGACAUGGCUACGCAUUUCCGAAGGCUUUGGCCUUUUAUACUACUGUUUCAGUUCGAAGAAAUUUUGCUUCAGCUUUCCUUCAUCUCUUCCUUUGUUACUUACCUAGAAGUCAAGACCAUUUGAAAGCUUUCGAGGUGAUAUCUAUAACGGUAUGCGCGUCAUGAAGGAGAUAGGUAUCAUGGCAUCCCUCCACAGUACUCCAAGUCGGACUGCCAGCAUCACUACACCUCGACUUCUUGGAGCACUUCGUCUAGUACCUAUGUUUACUGGUAUCCAGGACGUCAGUCUUGAAUAAUAGUUCCUCUGAGAACCAAAUACACCUAGCAAGUGCUCUGGGGCAUCCCGAAGAAUCGAUACAUGCCUAUAGCUGCUGGUCUACAUUACUCGCCUUGAUCUUUUUUGGUCGCUGACCGAGGACCGACCCGGUCCUAAUCUCGUCAGUCUCCUCUUCAAUUCUCUUUUCAGUAUUCCUUCCACUUGUCUCUUCUCUUCUCUUUUCGGAUCUUUCCUUAGUCUUUUUUUUUUCUUCUGCAGGGUCUUUCCAGCAGGGACAGCUAGUAUUAUCUCCAGCUAUGGUAUAAGCACAGCCCAGCAUGAAUUUGACAUAAUCGGGUUGAAAUGGAUAAAGCCACUCCCCUUAAUAUAACCUUACAAUCG